CAAUGUCAUUGUUGAAGGUACGGCAAUCACUUCAAUUUGUUCACGUGUGUGGCAGGUUGACGACUGUUUCUCAUCAUCAACACUGCCGUCUACUACUCUCACAUCCCUCUUUACUGCUCACAUCCUGUUGUACUCAGCUUAUGUUAUAAGUCCCGGAACAGAUACCACACUGCCCGUUUCCCCCAGGCACUCACAGGUUAUUGUGGCAUGCUUCCAUAACCCAGCCGUGCGGCAAAAGCCACCCAUAUCACAGAAUCCACCGGCUACCGUACCCAGGACCAAGUCAGUUAUAUCCCUCACACAAAUUGUCAAUCCCAUUCGAGUCUACCGAUUGAAAAUUUCUCCCACAAAAAGCCUUCCCCCGCACAAUCAGCAUCUCUUCGUGGAAUAUAUUCCAAAGGAAGAUCCGUAUCCAGCAGCAGACCCUGCAAAAAGAGACAAGAAUCAUACGACUUGCUGCGCAUAUUCGCCAAGUUACGGCCAGGCGGCAGAUCUUGAUUAAUAAUUGGUCGGCAAGGGCGAUUCAUUGCUCUGCUUCCCCCAAUUCCGAGUCUCUGACGCCCGUCUGGGUGCCCCUGCGAUCUUGCUACGAGGCCUAACCGAGUCACCUGCAAGCCUGUUUCGCCUGGAGGUCCAAUUCCUCCCCACGAUCCUGAGGGACACAGCCACCCAAAGGCCUGCAAACCCACCUGUUCGCACGCCCGGAAACGAGAAAAAUUAUCACCACCCACAGCACCACACAAGCCUCGAUUUCUGACCAAGUGAUCGCAAAUCGCUUUUUCAUCACCAGGCCCCGGCUUAGUCUUGACGGCAGCCUACUCGUCCACAUUGCCGCAUCAUCGCACUUGCUCCUGCUCUUGUGGCUGUACUCUUUUAUUACCUAGAUCAAAAAUCCCGCCACCAACAUCGCCGCAUUCUUACACUAUCCUCCUCCUACGAAAAGACGAAGAUCCAGGGAAAUAAAGAAAAGAAAAACACCUUUAAAUUCUCAUCUCGCGUCAUCCUACUUCACGACCGCAUUGUAUCACAGCGUCGCAAGCGAGGCACACCUUAUCUACCGCCACUAAAAGCCCAGAGAUUUGGGCACCUUGCCCGCCCGACACUCGACCCCCACCUCUCUCUACGCUCUUCACAUGAAUCGCUCAUCUUCCUCGAUCCAAACCACACAGCCAGCUCCCUCACCUUCGUUAACCCACUCUCAGAUCUCACAAGAUGACGCUGCUUCGAUAACACGACUGGCGGAGGACACGGCUCACCUAACGGUGAACGGUACCGCCGUGCCCGCCGCGGGCCUAGCCACCCCUGCUCAGCUCCCUGCGCCUGUUGCCAAAAAGCCCAAAAUGACGCAUCGCCUCACCCGAAUGUUCUCUCGUACGGAGCAGAAGGACGUCGACGCGGCCAAAGCAGAUUCCAUUAAGGCAACCUCACCCAAACCUGAUGCUCACCCCGAGGGAACCAACGGUCAUUCAAGCAGACCGGUGCCGGCUAGGACAUCGUCGGGCGAUCAGAAAGACAAGAAGAUGACAAUACUGAACACUGCCAAAGAGAAGACGAAAGGCGAACCUCCCUCCGAUCCUACGUAUGCUCAAUACAAGAGAUUCGAGCUCCACGAAGAUGGCACUCACGAACACCACCUCAAGUCAGCCAAACGUCAGGAGAAGUUGUCCGACAUGCUCCGAGAAAUGCUCGGAGGCAAGAAGAAGGAUCCGGAUGGCGAGCAGCAAUUGUCCCUCAUGUCAUCCUGGGUUGACCAACUCAGAUCGGAGAAGGACAGUUUGGCUGGUGACAAGAAGGGCGGUCCUAAUGCCACGGCCAACCUGGUCGAAAAGUACGGCAAAUGCCAGGAGAUCGUCGGUCGCGGCGCAUUCGGCAUUGUCAGGAUAUCGCACAAGCCUGAUCCUAACAGUGUGAGUGGAGAGUCGCUCUACGCGGUCAAGGAGUUUCGUCGUCGUCCGCAAGAAACAGCCAAAAAGUACCAGAAGCGUCUCACCAGCGAAUUUUGUAUAUCAUCGUCGCUCCGGCACCCCAAUAUAAUCCACACUCUCGACCUCCUUCAAGACGCCAAGGGUGAUUACUGCGAAGUCAUGGAAUAUUGUGCGGGUGGCGAUCUCUAUACCCUAGUUCUUGCUGCUGGCCAACUACAGGUUCUGGAAGCGGAUUGCUUUUUCAAGCAGCUAAUGCGCGGAGUCGAAUACAUGCACGAAAUGGGUGUUGCCCAUCGCGAUCUCAAACCCGAGAAUCUGCUUCUGACCACACAUGGUGCCCUAAAGAUCACUGAUUUCGGAAAUGGCGAAUGUUUCCGAAUGGCAUGGGAAAAGGAAGCCCACAUGACCGCCGGGCUUUGCGGGAGUGCCCCUUAUAUUGCCCCUGAAGAGUAUCAGGGUGGUGAAUUCGACCCCCGAGCAGUCGAUGUCUGGGCAUGUGGUGUCAUCUACAUGGCCAUGCGGACGGGUCGUCACUUGUGGAGAGUCGCUAGAAAAGAAGAGGACGAAUUCUACGAGCGAUACCUCGAGGGCAGAAGAGACGAGGACGGCUACGCUCCCAUAGAGACGUUGCACAGGGCACGCUGCCGGAACGUGAUCUACUCCAUCCUGGACCCGAAUCCUGGUCGGCGUAUCACCGCCUCCCAAGUCCUCAAAUCCGAAUGGGGCCGAGAAAUCAAAGUGUGUAAGGCGGGUGAAGAGGGCUAUUAGCCACGUCCUCAAUCCUGGCCUUUGACGAUGGGCUCUUCCUCCUUCCAGGGCAGCAGUUUCUCUCACUCGUGACAUGCACACGAGCACGACCAUCACGAAGCGAUGACGAUUCAUUUUUCUCCAAUGAAGCGAAAGACCAGUUUUAUGGAGAUCCUUUGUUGUGCGCCGAUUCGAUUCUCAAAACAGCGAUGCAUACGAAAAGAGGACCGGGUGGAAUGCGAUUGACUACUGGGUCAACUUCUGUUCAAAGAUAGGCGGCAUAUAUACUCCUUCGCUACACUGCCACCUUCAAUAAAAUCACCUUGGGCGGGACUGUUUGGUCAUCCGCCCUUCUUUCGCUUGCUCUGUCCCUUUGCACUAUCUCGCAAAGCGGACUUUUCACAAUCAAAAGAAACGAUCAGUGUUCAGUGUCUGUGCCAUACAAUGAGCCUAGCUGCUCAUUGGGACACAGCUCUAUCUAGCAUUGUGGCGGAAAAGAAUCUUGUAUCAUUUCAAUGAUUCUGAUCGAUUGGCAUUCAUCUUAUGAUUAUUUCAAUUUUUUGCAAGUUGCGUUAGGAUAGGACCACCGGCUCGAUACAUAAGAUUCGCAAGCAUUCGUCCCC